AUGGAGACUCAAGAAACAAAAAGUAACAGCAUGAUAAACAAACAGCCGAAACCUCUGGAAAUAGCAAUUUUUUCGUUCUCUUGUGAAGUUGCUAAAUUAAAAAAAAACACUACUACAGGUAAAUACUCGGACGAGUUCACGUUUACGAAGAAGCCGGACGGAAGCACGGAGUACGCGUGCAAGCACUGCCCGAGCGUGUUCCGAAGCAACAACAGCUACGUGCAGCACUACCGCCAGGUGCACCUGAAGGAGCGGCCCAAGCUGCGUGCAUGCCACCUGUGCGACGUCAAAGUGCCAGAAGCCGGACGGAAGCACGGAGUACGCGUGCAAGCACUGCCCGAGCGUGUUCCGAAGCAACAACAGCUACGUGCAACACUACCGCCAGGUGCACCUGAAGGAGCGGCCCAAGCUGCGUGCAUGCCACCUGUGCGACGUCAAAGUGCCAGGUAUAUAAAAUUCACGUUUACGAAGAAGCCGGACGGAAGCACGGAGUACGCGUGCAAGCACUGCCCGAGCGUGUUCCGAAGCAACAACAGCUACGUGCAGCACUACCGCCAGGUGCACCUGAAGGAGCGGCCCAAGCUGCGUGCAUGCCACCUGUGCGACGUCAAAAAGCCGGACGGAAGCACGGAGUACGCGUGCAAGCACUGCCCGAGCGUGUUCCGAAGCAACAACAGCUACGUGCAACACUACCGCCAGGUGCACCUGAAGGAGCGGCCCAAGCUGCGUGCCUGCCACCUGUGCGACGUUAAAGUGCCAGGUGCACCUGAAGGAGCGGCCCAAGCUGCGUGCAUGCCACCUGUGCGACGUCAAAGUGCCAGGUAUAUAAAAUUCACGUUUACGAAGAAGCCGGACGGAAGCACGGAGUACGCGUGCAAGUACUGCCAGAGCGUUUUUCGAAGCAACAACAGCUACGUGCAACACUACCGCCAGGUGCACCUGAAGGAGCGGCCCAAGCUGCGUGCAUGCCACCUGUGCGACGUCAAAGUGCCAGGUGCACCUGAAGGAGCGGCCCAAGCUGCGUGCAUGCCACCUGUGCGACGUCAAAGUGCCAGGUAUAUAAAAUUCACGUUUACGAAGAAGCCGGACGGAAGCACGGAGUACGCGUGCAAGUACUGCCAGAGCGUUUUUCGAAGCAACAACAGCUACGUGCAACACUACCGCCAGGUGCACCUGAAGGAGCGGCCCAAGCUGCGUGCAUGCCACCUGUGCGACGUCAAAGUGCCAGGUGCACCUGAAGGAGCGGCCCAAGCUGCGUGCAUGCCACCUGUGCGACGUCAAAGUGCCAGGUAUAUAAAAUUCACGUUUACGAAGAAGCCGGACGGAAGCACGGAGUACGCGUGCAAGUACUGCCAGAGCGUUUUUCGAAGCAACAACAGCUACGUGCAACACUACCGCCAGGUGCACCUGAAAGAGCGGCCCAAGCUGCGUGCCUGCCACUUGUGCGACGUCAAAGUGCCAGGUUUUUUAAAAUUCACGUUAAUGAAGAAGCCGGACGGAAGCACGCAGUACGCGUGCAAGCACUGCCCGAGCGUGUUCCGAAGCAACAACAGCUACGUGCAACACUACCGCCAGGUGCACCUCAAGGAGCGGCCCAAGCUGCGUGCAUGCCACCUGUGCGACGUCAAAGUGCCAGGAUACAUGCGCGCCUUCCACAUGGAACAGCACGGGCUGCCGGCGCCAUCUUGCGGUUCGUGCGGCAAAAAAUUCGCCUACCCUCACCAAGUGUUACGCCAUCAGAAAACCUUCCACAUGGGGGAGAAGAACUUCGUAUGCACCACAUGCAACUUCAGAUUCUCCACCAACUACGAUUUGAAGAACCACGAAAAGACACAUUCUUCUCACAAACCGUUCUCGUGCGAGUACUGUAGUAAGACUUUUAGGUGGAAAAAGAGUUUGAAAACUCAUGUUAUGAUACAUUUAGGAGUGAAGAACCACGCGUGCGCGAUUUGCAAGGCCGCAUUCGUUCAACAGAGCAGCCUGAAGUACCAUAUGGCUAAAAAGCAUCCUGAAAAUCCUAAUUUAUACUGAACUAGAGGAUGCCCGCGACUUCGUCCGCGUGGAUUUAGGUUUUUAAAGAUCCCGUGGGAACUUUUUGAUUUUCCGGGAUUAAAAGUUGCCUAUGUCAAUUAGAGGGACGCAACCUACCUCGGAACCUUUAAUACAAAUCGGUUAAGCGGACGGGUUUUUGGGGAUCCCGUGGGAACUCUUUGAUUUUCCGGGAUAAAAAGUAGCCUAGGUCCGGCCCCGGGAUAUAAGCUAACC